CCCGGGCGAUUGAUGGACAGCGGCUGCAGGAGGGAGGAGGGAGGAUGGGGCCGCUGGUGUUCGGCUGCUGGGUGGUUCUCCUCCUGCUCCAGCGGACACUGGUCAUUGCAGGUCUAGGAGUUAAUGAAUAUUUGUAUUUCCAAGUUCUCAGUCCUGGAGACAUAAGCUACAUCUUUCAGACGAAUCUGGCCAAGGACUUUGGUGGUAUCUUUCACACAAGAUAUGAGCAGAUCUAUCUGGUUCCUGCUGACCCAUCCCAUGCCUGCGGUGACCUAAACAACGGAGCUUUCAUUCAGGAUCAGAUUGCCUUGGUGGAGCGCGGGGCCUGCUCGUUCUUGUCCAAAGCACGGGUUAUUCAGGAGCAUGGUGGCAGGGCAGUGAUCAUCUCGGACAACAUGUACGACAAUGACAGCUCAUAUAUCGAGAUGGUGCAGGAUGGGACGUCCAGAGACAGCGACAUCCCAGCACUGUUCCUCCUCGGGAAGGAUGGGUACAUGAUCAGACGAUCGCUGGAGUUACAUGGCCUCCCGUGGGCUGUGAUCUCCAUACCGGUGAACGUGAGUGGGAUCCCGACGUUUCAACUCAAACAGCCGCCAUGGACUCUCUGGUGAACACAGACCCUGGUCUCCACCUGCCCAUUUGCACUAGUCCCAUUUUCCGAAAGGUCCUCUCCUGAUCAAAUUAAGUAUUUGUAAUGUUUGUGGUUUCGCACUUUUAUUUAAUAAAUGAAUCUGCUGUUCACUUUUA